CUACGUAUGGCGCAGCUGCCCACAGUCCAAACUCCAGACCUCCAAAUACCGAAAAAGCGACGAGGUGGUCAACGCUUUUCCAUGACCAACGCCACACCUAGCGUAAACCCUCAAGUCAGCAUCUCCGUCUCCGUCUGUAUAACAUGCUCUGCUGCAGCUGAACAGCCCUGCAUACUUGGGCGGAGGGGAAAGGUAGGCGACGGAACCAACGCAAUCUCUGACCUCUCUUUUCGGCAAACCAUGGCGUCGCGGCUGUUGCUCCAGAGGAUCCAGUCGGCUGGCAGUCUGUCCGGCGGCCAUGGCCGGCGGCAGCUGCUCAGCUUCAGCUGCGGCGAGGGGCUCUGCAGUCCUCUUCCACCGGCCGGUGAUCGAUCGGUCUGCAGCAGUGCCUACGGGCAAAUCAAGAUGGACACCAGGAUCACGGACCACGAGCCACAUCUCGACAGGUUUUCAGAUCCCCAGGUUGCUCAUGAGGACCGUCAGUUCAUUCAGUUCUUGGACAGGAUGCUGGAUGCAAUAAAGAAUCCUCAAAGUCUUGCACGAAUUCAACGUGGGAAGCUUGCAAAUGGGCUGGAAGCUUUGGAUGAUGACAUAUGAAAGUUCCAUCUGCAGAAAUACAAGAGCUGAAUAAAUGUGAAAAGUUGUGUUGUAUAAAGUGACCCUGCUGUGUCUUGUGACUAACAAUGCACAACCUUAGUGUGUGAGACUGAUAUUGUUGGCAUAUACCUACUUGACGUAA